GCGGGUGUUUGAAGACGUAAACAUGUGUGGAGUUGCUGAAAUGUCUUCUAAAGAAAUUACAACGAAACCAGCCGCUUUUUCUGUGAAACAGGUUAUUUUUUUAUACAAAACUGUUAUUUUAAACGGAGCAGUGACCCGCAAGUGACCUCUGAACUGCACUUUGUUUUGGUUUACUCAUAGACUCCAUAAACCUCUGGUGGUCUGCACUCAACUAAAAAUAUGACAUCGUCAGGCAGCAGUUCAAAAUCAGCUAACGUCUUGUUGAAAGAGUUGACAGCUGCCUUCAGCAGACUCAAAAAUAUCGAAAGCACACAACAGAGGCACUCAGAUGACAUCAGAAUAGCCAGACAGAUUCUAUGUCGUUUUAUCAAUGAACAUUUGAUUAAUCUUGAUAAAGUGUAUUUUGAAAUCAGUAAAGCCACAGGUACAGGAGGUACUCCCCACUGUAUGGUGAUUAUUGAUCUCCUGGCACUCUGCACAUCACAGUUCCCGGCGAUAUUUUCAAGUGGCUCACCUCAAAUCACUGAUGAUACGCCAGGUUUAUCUCAACUCUGUAGAAAUCUCACUCUUCCACAAGAUGCAGAGUAUUACAUAUGCCAAGGUUUAACUACAUGGGUGACUUGUCAGUUAUUGAGACUACUAAGUGAUGAUGGAUGUACUGUUGUUCAUGAGAAGCUGCUUGAUAUCAUUAUAUCAUUAUUUCAACUUGUGAAAAAUAAAGAUCUACCAAUGUUCCAUUAUUUGGUUUCACAACUUAUCGACUUGAUGGCCGAACUUUGUCAGUUGAAUGCCAAACAUUUUGAUAGUGGUGCUGUGGAGACUAUUGACAAUCCAAUCAAACUCAAGUAUUUCAGUUUGUCAGAUAAAUUGUCUGACAUUAAGUUGUCAAUGGAGGUGAUAUCUAAAUUAUGGAAAAUAAGUGGAAAACCAUCCGAACAAGUUGUGGAUUAUCUCAUGGAAUUGUUGUCAUCGCUGGUGGUGUUAUUAUUCUCAGAUUGUGAUGAACCUCUCAGUUUUCCCAUUAUAAAAGUCUGUGUCACACUCACCUCAAAUACAGACCAUUUUUUUGAAUUCCCUUUUGGUGUUCAAUCCCAGGAUCAAACUAUCCAUGAUCUUGAAGGAAUUCGGGUGAUACUAGAAGUAAUGUCCCACUGUAAUUACAUCAUAACAGACAAGAUUUUGAACAUCACAUCUGUUAAAAGAAAAUCGCCAGUUACACCAAGCACCAGAAAUCGACAGCCGAGAGAUAAAAAUGUCAUGUGGUUAACAGGUCAGCAAUGCAGACAUCUCAGUAAUAUAUGGAUGAGGAUAUUACAUCAUUUGCCGAGUACUGUGUCUCAUACUUAUUGCACAGAGGUAUACAAGAGAAUAGUUCAUGGCAUUGGUGCAUUACUGACUAUGAAAGAAACCAUUAGAAUCCCAUCUGAUGUUUUGCAUACUGUAUCCUGGAUCUUAUCAUUGCCAUGGUUACAAAUGGAGGCUACAUGGAUGGAUUUGAAACCAAGUCAUCUGUCACCACAGGAUGUAGCUGCACUUAGUGCUAGCUUGGCUGAUAAAAUUGUUUUGGCUUCAGCAGAUGCAGUGACUACCUCCACACUACUGGGAGGUAGUGUAGAUGUUGUGAGGUUAGCCAUUAUUCAAUCAUUUGCUGUUCUACUGUAUACUCUGGGAAUAAACUCUCAUCAUCUGAUAAGAGACCAUUUACAUGAUCUGGUGAAAGACAGCAAUGCUGAUAUACUGAAGGAAAUUGCCAAAGUUAUUGGUCCUAUAAGUAUAGUGUUGUCAAGACAUGCAACUUUGCAAAGUACAUUGAAAUUCACCUUGCCAUAUUUAAUAAAUAAAGCUACAUCAUCUGCAUCCAUGGUACUGAAACUGAUAGCCAAGACUCUGGACAUGGAUUUUCGGCACAUGUUGGUAGAGAAUUUCCGAUUUAUCUUCUCUUACUUAGUGAGAUCGUGUCAGCGAGAGAAUCUUCAAAAAGCUCUGACAUAUGUAGAGAAUCAGACAGAGAUUGAGCUGAGUAGCUUACUGCGUAGUGAUUAUCAAAACUUACAUAAUGAGUUACUCCUUCAUAUCAGUACAAGUUACCCACAAGUAUUCAGCGGCUUAGCAAUGCUAGCAUCUCAAGAUGAAACAAAACCACAGAAUAUAACCACUGCGGAAGCCAUGUCAGAUUUCUUGCAACCAAGAUUGUUGGGUAUACUAUUAUUUGUAAAUGUUAAUCUUGUGAUGAACAGCUUUAUAGUGGUAGACAAAAUUUAUUAAGCCUUGGAAAGUUUAGUUUCUGUAAUGAAGUUGAUGGGUCCGAAACACAUCACGGCUGUCAGAGUAAAAGUGAUGACAACACUAAAGAUUGGAUUGAGAUACAAAGACAGUGGGUUUCCUGAGUUGAACUGUACAGCAUGGGACUGUCUAGGUACACAGAUGCAUACAAGAAAUGGAUGUGUAGAGUUGUCGUCUCUUGGACCAAUGUUAAGUCAGAUAAUAGUCACAUUAUUACCCCUACUACAUCAACUACCAGAUAAAGUGGCUGCUAUUUAUCGCUAUCUCAUUGUGGAAAACAGAGAAGUUUUAAAUGAUCAUUUCCAUGAAGUCUACUUUAUUCCUGAUAUUCCGGAAUUAGCAGAGGUGAAUUCUGUGUUACAAGAAUGCAGACAAGACUCUGCCAUUACUGACCUUUGUACACAGUUAAAACAAGCCUUACAACAUGUCAGUCAUGAAAGCCUGGACGUUAGAAUUUACGCACUAACCAAAUUAAAGCAUUUGCUGCACAAUAACCAGAUGGAAUUAAGCGAAUUGAUACUUGGAAAUGAAAAUAUCCACCCAGUUAUAUCUCAGCUUGUUUCUGUGAUUCUUGCGGGUUGUCGUGAAUCUGAUCCGAAUGCGAGAAACAUGUUUGGUGAGUGUUUAGGAGAGCUUGGUGCAAUUGAUCCUGGAAGGUUAGAUCUCAUUACUAACAACAAAAGUGAAGAUAUCAACAGAUUUCAGGCUGCAGUUGAGGAUAUCAAUUUUGCGUAUGAUUUGAUAAGUGAGUUGGCGAGGGCGUUCCUAGCUGCUGCUGAUCCCAGAGUACAAGAUUGUUCGGCUUACGCAAUCCAGGAGUCAUUGAACAUAUAUGAAUGUCAUGAUGGAAAGAAAGAAUGCUAUGGUCGUAGAUUGUGGCGAAGAUUUCCAGAACCAACGCAAGAAAUACUAAAACCUCACCUGCAUACAAGAUAUGUACCAGCAGCUUCUUCUAACUGGUCUGGUCUUAUCAAACCCAUCUAUCGAAGUAAAAAAGGUAAAUCAUUUAAAGACUGGGUGUGUACAUGGACAGGAUAUUUGCUCACCAAGAUUAAACAAGAGAAGCCAUCUCGUGUGUUCAAAGCAUGUAGUAUGAUCAUAAAGCAUGACACACAGACUGCCUUAUUUUUGCUGCCCCAUGUAGUGAUAUAUGCGUUGUUAGAUGGUACUCCAGAUGAAAACCAAGAGAUUUGUACCGAAAUUCUUGCCGUUUUGACACAUGCAGAAAAGUUGGAUGAGCAACAGGAAGGGGAUUUCUGUCAUAUGAGCUCACAGACUGUCUUCUCAAUCUUGGAUCAUUUGACUAAAUGGACAAGGCAUAAAUUGAAUACCAUGGUUACGUCUAGAAUUGUUAAGAAGGGUAGUUUCCCUGAUCAUGAAGAUGAUCCACAAUACAAGAAGGUCAAAUGCUUUCUGGAGAAGAUACCACAAGAUGUGUUGGCAAAGGCGUCUUUCAAUUGCAAAGCUUAUACCAGGUCUUUGAUGCAUUUUGAGGCGUUUAUUACAAAUAAAAAACAAGAUAUACAACAACAUCUGGGAUUCAUGCAGAAAUUGUAUGUUAUGAUGGACGAGCCAGAUGGUGUGGCUGGAGUAUCAGCAAUCAGGCAAGAGAAUCCAUCCUUGCAUGAACAAAUUCUGGAACAUGAGAGCACUGGCCAAUUACGUGAUGCAUCAGCCUGCUAUGAGCGUGCAAUACAGCUGGAAUCUGAUGAUGUCUCUCAUCACCAAGGAUUGUUAAAAUCUUUAAUGAAUUUGGGACAACUAAGUACUGCCCUGAUUCAUGUCAAUGGGGUUUUAGCUGAUAGAACUGAAUGGACAACAGAUCUGAACUCCUAUCGAGUGGAAGCAUCUUGGAAGUUGGGACAGUGGGACUCACUGGAGAACUACUUGAAAAUAGAACAGAGUAGUAAUUGGUAUGUGGGAUUGGGAAAGAUUCUACUGGCGGCUAAGAAGAAUGACGAACAAGAAUUCCGACUACGAUUGAAAACAGUGAGAAAUGAACAGAUGGGACCCCUUUCAGCUGCAAGUAUGGAAAAUGGAUCAUAUCAGAGAGGCUAUGAAUACAUUGUAAGAUUACACAUGCUAAACGAAAUUGAGCGUGGUGUGAAAUGCCUUGUUGGACUGAAGUCUGAUGACCAUGAUGAGUACAAAGACUCGCAACAUCAGAUAUUAACUAACUGGCAAUCACGACUAGACAUAAUCCAGCCAUCUUUUAGAACACAAGAACCUAUCUUAUGUUUACGUCGAGUAAUACUUGGACUAGUAGAAGAUGAUGCAUCAAAUUCUAAUAAAGAUAUUGGACAGUGCUGGCUGCAAAGUGCUAGAAUAGCUAGAAAAGAUGGUCAUGUACAGACUGCAUAUAGUUCUCUAUUAAAUGCUAGUGCCUACUCUAUGUCACAGUUCUGUCUAGAAAAAGCCAAAUGGCUGUGGUCCAAGGGUGACCUGCACCAGGCAUUGAUUACAUUACAGAAAGGAGUAGAGGACAAUUUCAAUGAAGAUAGAAGAAUAAGAUUAUCACAUGAUACAGAAGCAAUACGAAGUGAGAGAUUUACACAUGCCAAGGCUUUACUAUUAGUUGGACGGUUCAUGGAAGAGACAGCUAAGUUUGAGAGCAACUCUGUGAUGAGACAGUACAAAGAAGUAAUAUCAGUGCACAAAGAAUGGGAAGAUGGGCAUUUCUAUCUAGCUAAGUAUUAUGAUAAAUUAAUGUCUACAGUGGCUGAUAGACCAGAAAAACAUGGAGAGAUAGUAUUGUAUAUUAUGAAGCAUUUUGGUAACUCAUUACAAUAUGGUAACCAAUAUAUUUAUCAGUCAAUGCCACGCCUUCUUUCACUAUGGCUUGAUUUUGGUGCUAAAGUCUCAGAGCAAGAGAAAAGUCGAAAAUCAGAGAAAGUGUCAAAUAAAACAGUUCUUGGACAUCUGAAUAAAAUGAUUGCAGAUCACUGUGAAAGGUUAGCUCCGUAUCAAUAUCUGACAGCAUUCUCUCAACUCAUAUCAAGGAUCUGUCAUUCUCAUGCCCAGGUGUUCCAACAACUUAAGGAAAUUAUAGCAAAGCUGCUAGUGGUUUUUCCUCAGCAAGCUGUGUGGAUGAUGAUGGCAGUUAACAAGUCUACCUAUGCAAUGAGAACAAAACGCUGUCGAGAUAUCUUCAGUCGUGCAAUUGAAAUGAAUGCUGAUUUGGAAAAAUUUAUACAUCACGCCACUAAAUUACAAGAUCGAUUACUAGAAGUGUGUAACCAUGCGGUGGAAAGUUCUUGCGAUAAGCUGAGUAUGGGUAUGCAUUUCAAGCCAUUGAAGAGAAUGGUUGAAGAUGAGAAAUUCAGUCCUAUUAUCGUACCGUUACAAAUUGCGAUGACCGUUACAUUGCCAAGUACACCGGGUAUACAUACCAAUCACAAUCCAUUUCCUUGUGCAGAAGUCUAUAUUGCAGAGUUUGAUGAUCAAAUUGAAGUUUUACCUUCAUUACAAAAACCAAAGAAGAUUGGCAUUCGUGGCACUGAUGGAAAACUUUAUUUUAUGAUGUGUAAACCCAAGGACGAUUUGAGAAAAGACUGUCGUCUAAUGGAAUUCAAUGCUGUUGUUAAUAAAUGCUUAAAGAAAGAUGCAGAGUCACGAAAAAGACAGCUUCACAUUCGAACAUAUGCUGUUGUUCCACUUAAUGAAGAAUGUGGUUUGAUUGAAUGGGUUCCUAAUACUGAGGGACUUCGACAUAUUCUGCACAGAAUAUACAAAGCCAGAAACAUGUAUGUGUCAGGACGUGAUUUGAAGUCUAUGACCGCUCCCAAUUCUUCCAGCAUUGAAACUAAGCUGAAUAUUUUCAAAACACGAUUGUUGCCACGGUUUCCACCUGUGUUUCACGAAUGGUUUUUAAAGACUUUUCCUGACCCGACAUCCUGGUACAUGGCACGUCUAUCUUACUGUAGGACCUCCUCCGUCAUGUCGAUUGUGGGCUAUAUACUUGGACUUGGGGAUCGACACGGUGAAAACAUUCUCUUUGAUUCAACAAAUGGUGAUACUGUACACGUGGAUUUUAAUUGUCUAUUUAAUAAGGGAGAAACUUUUGAUUGUCCCGAGAUUGUACCAUUCAGAAUGACUCAUAACAUGACAGAAGCAAUGGGACCAAUGGGGCAUGAAGGCAUAUUUAGGAGAUCAUGUGAAGUUACCAUGAAAGUAAUGAGAGACCAAACAGAUCCACUCAUGAGUGUAUUAAAGACAUUUAUUUAUGACCCACUGGUUGAGUGGAGUAAACCGUCCAAAAACCGUGCCUCAAUGCUGGCAGAAUCUGGUGAAAUCAACAAUGAGAAGGCAAUGACCCAUGUCAAAGACAUUGAACAGCGACUGCAGGGAAUACUGAAAAACAAAAAUAAAAGUCGAGGGCUGCCACUAUCUGUUGAAGGACAUACACACUACCUGAUACAAGAAGCUGUAGCAGAAAAGAAUCUAUGUCAGAUGUAUAUUGGGUGGGCUGCGUACUUAUAGAUUUGUGUACGCGAAUGUUGAUGAACUCACAGUCCAUGCACAUGUAUUUAUAUUUUUACAGAGUUGUCAUGUCAGUAUUAAAUAAAGGCUAAAUGUACUUUGCCUCACA